GAGAAGAAACAAGAAUUGACCAAUCGAUAGACGGAGGAAAUCCUCACCAAUCACAAUCAUUCCUGUCAAUCAAAGUGGGACUCAAAAGCAUAUCCCAACCUCUGAUUUAUCCAUCCACGCAUCCACCACCUUCCCCUCACUCAUUAGUUUUAUACUCUGUCUCGUCUGUCUGUGUUGUGUCAUCCAAUGCUUCGUACACAUCUACACGAGCCACAAGUCCAGGAACCGUCUCGGAAACCAUUCUCAAAGAAGAAGGUCCCAAAGUCACAGCCAAUAUCAUGGCAGCAUCAUGGCAACAUCCAUAUCGUGGCAAUAUGUAAUGCCAACCCAAUCACCACUCAUUCCACGAUAAGACCAUCUCCACUUUGACGAUGCAAACCUAGAAUGAGCCGAUAACAGGAAAGGACUACUAAUUAGGAUUUUGCCCACAUAACUCGUACUACUGCGUACUUCAUUUGUCUCUGCUUUGAAUAAUCUGCACGCCAGUGUGAUACGACGGUGCACACCUUCUUGAUCUGGAACUUGCGGAUGAACAUCUUGCUCUCAUUUGCAUGUAGGUGAUGUAGAUGGACAUGGGUAGCUCGGGUUAGGGUAGGUAUGGAUGAUAUAAAGAGACAUAAUGUCGCCAUUCGUGAGGAUGUUGGAAGUAGACGGAUUGUGAGAGAGGGACUCGAUUGAAAUCAAUUGCACUGACUUGAAUUGGAAGGAGUCACUGGAUUUCUCGUGGUCGGCAAAGCCCAUCUAGGUCUUUUCGCCGUAUCAAGAAACUUGGGAUCUCCUUGGGUUUCUACAUAAAGAAAUCCUCGAGGGUCACAAAUCUACCAAAGACAAUACAAUAUCAAACAAUUCACAACCAUGGUUUCCACAUUCUAUACAGUUUGUGCCAUUUUCGCCUUCUUCCAAUGCGUGUUCUCACAUCAAUUAUAUCCAAACGGUGUUGAUCGGAAACGAAGCAGAACCACCAUUUCCCGUCGAGAACUAGCACUAGCCAAGCGUGACGACGUUGAUCCUUCUCUCCUCUACCCAACCUACAAUCUCACCGUCCCAAUUGAUUACUUUCACAACGAAUCUCGCUAUGAACCUCAUAGCAAUGGAACCUUUCCUCUCCGCUAUUGGUUCGACGCCACCUAUUAUAAACCUGGUGGCCCAGUAAUCGUUCUUCAGUCAGGAGAAACAGAUGCCGAAGGUCGAUUGCCAUUCUUGCAGAAGGGGAUAUUACAUCAAUUGGCUGUUGCAACAAAUGGUAUUGGUGUCGUGCUUGAACAUCGUUAUUAUGGUCAAAGCAUCCCAACCCCAGAUUUCUCAACAGAGAAUUUAAGAUUCUUGACUACCGAACAGGCAUUGAUGGAUGAGGUUUAUUUUGCUAGGAAUAUCGUCUUUCCGGGCUUGGAAGAUCAAAAUUUGACUGCGCCAAAUGUGGCUUACAUUGGGUAUGGAGGUUCCUAUGCUGGUGCCUUCAACGCUUUCUUGAGAAAGUUAUAUCCUGAUACUUUCUGGGGAACAAUUUCUUCCAGUGGUGUCGUUGAAGCCAUCUACGAUUACUGGGAUUACUUUGAGCCCAUCCGCGUCUAUGCCGAUCAAAAAUGUAUCAAGAAUACCCAACUCAUCACCAACUCUAUGGACAACAUUGUCAUUGGACAAGAAAACAACACCGCUCUUGUCCAAGAACUUAAAUCCGUCUGGGGACUUCCAAAUAUUACUUAUACCAAUGAUUUCAUGUCGGUAGUCAUGUACGGAAUGUGGGAAUGGCAAAGCAAAAACUGGGACCCAGAACUUGAAGGAACACCAUAUUUUGAUUACUACUGUGGUAAUGUUACUAGUAAAAAGCUUCUUUGGCCAAACUUGAACAGCUCUACAACGGAAGUCCAAAAGUUGCUCACGAAGGGUGGUUAUGGUUCUCAGCUCAACAGCUUGACAAUCCCAUAUUUAAAUUGGAUUGGUUGGUUGACUGAUUACACUGCCACUAACUACGGUGAUUGUUCCCCCAACCAAGAUUCUUGCUACUCGACCCAUAAUUCUACUUUCUACGCACAAGAUGAUGCAUCUCAAGACUGGCGUCUCUGGCCUUAUCAAUACUGUACCGAAUGGGGAUACCUUCAAAACGGUGCUUCCGUCCCCGCAAAUCAACUUCCUCUCCUCUCUCGAACAAUUGAUCUUCCCUACCUUUCAAUCAUCUGUGCUGAAUCUUUCAACAUCACAACUCCCCCGGCUGUUGAAAAUAUUAACAAAUACGGUGGUUUCGAUCUCACGUACCCAAGAUUGGCAUAUAUCGAUGGCGAACAAGAUGUUUGGCGUCCGGCUACUCCUCACGCUUCGCCUUUCAAUACUACCGCACAUAAUCGCACCUCAACCAUUGACCAACCUUUCAUCUUGAUCGAAGGAGCGGUACAUCAUUGGGAUGAAAAUGGAGUUUUUGCAAACGAGACCACUAAGAGCUUUCCUCCAAAGACAAUUAAGAAAGUACAGAGCCAGGAGAUUAAGUUUGUAAAGAAGUGGAUGGAGGAGUGGAAGAGAGAUUGUGGAAGGAAGGGGAGAGCGCUUGUUUGAUCUUGAGGGUAUUUGAAGUUUGUAAAUUAUUUCGUGCAUAUAUUCUCACAUGAAUAAAAUUACAAUGGCUGUCCAGUAACUGGGCAAAUUGUAUAAGUCGUGGUCUUACA